AGUUCACAAGUGCCCAAUCAAUUAUGAAGUGUAGGAAUAUGAGAGAACUCGCGGUUUCUUUUGUUGUCCUUUGUAUGGUGCAUUUCAAUGGUAUGAUUCAGGGACUGAAUUUACAUUUUUUAAAAUAUGUUCAGAUUGUGUAAUACGUUAUGGUGAAUGCACAGAAAUUACCAAUAUAUUACCAUAUUAGUAGAAUAUGUACAAUUAGUAGAGAGUUUUAUUUAUUUUUUAGUAGCAUAAUAUUUUUGUGUUCAGGAUACAAAUAGUAGAAAAAAAAGUCGCUGUAAAACGUAAGAUCCUUUAAUGAAAGGAUUAAAUUCUUCAUUAUGGUGGAGCAUGAUUUCUUACGAAUGUACUAUAUUUUAACCAAAUAAAUAUAAUUUUAACUUUGAGCAGCUGUUGGCUAAAUGAUCUAAAAAUUGAGAGUCUAAUUGAUUAGUGUAUUUUAUUGAUGAGAACUAUCAUGUUAACAUUGUGAAAUUAAAAUAUAUUUUUUUUUAACUUCUCAAGUUUCCAAAGGUAAAAGUGUAGAACUGGAGUAUCUGUCAGAAAUGUGCUACAUACCAGAGACAAUGAUCUUCAAAGCUACUUUAAACACAACUGGGGCUAACGAUUAUUCGGCGCCAUACUACUUAAUCUUGUAUUCAGUAAGUUUUAGUGUCAUUGUCUUUUGAAAACCUAUGAAUUAAAAACAGUUUAAAAUAAUUAAUUUAGAAUAUCUGAAUGUUUAAUAUAUGAGCAGAAUAAUAUUCACUCUAUUUCUUUAUGUGUGGCAAAAUAUGAGACGGUUGUAUAAAUAUAUCGCUUAAAUUGUGUAACAAAAAUUGUUUUGUUAAUUUGCAUUUAUUUGCUUAAUAAUAUAAAUAAUGAGAUAUCCAGCCUAUCCGCUGCCUGUUUGGCCUGACCAUUAGCCUAAAGAAAACUAACAUUAUGGCACAGGGCGCUGACUCCCUCCCCACUAUCGCCAUCGACGACUACGACUUGGAUACUGUUGACAGAUUCACAUAUCUGGGAUCCAACAUAUCGAGCACCCUCUCAAUGGAGGAUGAGAUAAGUGGGAGGAUAGGGAAAGCUGCAACUGUUAUGGCCAGACUGAAGAAAAGAGUCUGGUCAAACGCCAAACUCACAACAAGAACUAAGCUGCAGGUGUACCAGGCCUGCGUACUGAGCACACUUCUGUAUGGAUGCGAGUCGUGGACCACAUACUCUAAACACGAAAGAAGGCUCAAUGGCUUCCACCUCAGAUGCCUGCGCCACAUCCUUGACAUUAAAUGGCAAGACAAAGUCCCCAACACGGAUGUCCUGUCCCAAACAAACAUGUGUAGCGUCCCAGCCAUGUUAAUCCAAAGACGCCUCCGCUGGCUUGGACACGUCAAGCGAAUGCAAUCUGGUCGCAUACCAAAGGACGUGCUAUACAGCGAGCUGGCGACAGGGAAAAGGUCAGUUGGACGGCCUCGUCUGAGAUACUUAGACAUAUGCAAAAGAGACAUGAAGUCCUCUAACAUUGACAUCUCAAACUGGGAGGAGUUGGCAGAGGAUCGAUCCUCAUGGCGGGGCAUCGCGAAGGCAGGAUCACUACAUGCCGAGGACCAAAACAGGGCGGAAACAGCUGCAAAAAGAGCGAGGAGGAAAGCCGGUAAAUACUGCUCCACUGCAUUCGUGUGUGGGAAAUGUAACAGAGACUGCCAUUCGAGGAUUGGUCUCACCAGCCACACCAAGAGCUGCAAGCAAUAAAGAUAAUAUAUCGUCUCCCGCAGACGGAAAGAUGCCAUACAUUGUGUUCAAUGUAUAUCUAUGGAGAUCAACAAUUUUUUCAAGACGUCGCUGUUAUUCACGCAUAGGCUCCACUUCUGUCAAUAAAGCGUUGAGAUAAUUGUCUCCAUACAUAUAUAUAUAUGGCAUCCUUCCGUCUUAAUGAGAUGAUGGAGUUGCUAUGUUGUCCUACACUUCGACGAGUGGCUUACUAGGCCAACCCUAGAAUGACAAUCUCGACUGCAUUUCUCGCAGGAGAAUAUUGAUUCCUGGUAAGAUUUUGACAUCCUUAUUGUUCUUUUUGUUGAAAGGGCCUCGUUUCACGUAUCACCUGCGUUUUUUACUCCCUCUUAUAACACUGCUGUUCGCCAGCUCGAACGUUCUUCGGCAAUGAGCUCCCAUUCGUUGUUUGCAAUAUUGGCUUCCCUCCUGCUCCUUUUGCAAACGUCCAUAAAUCUCAGGCGUGGCCGUCCAAUAAGUCAAUAAGUCUUGUCCCUUCUGCCAACUCUCCAUACAGCAGCAUCUUUGGGAUACGUCCUUCCUCCAUUCUCCGUACAUGACCUAACCAGCGAAGGCGUCUCUUGCUAAGAAAGGAGAAUAUGCUAAACAUUUGUGCACGUUCCAAGACCUCUGUGUUAGGCACCUCCUCCUGCCAUCGAAUAAGUAAAAUGCGACGCAGACAUCUUUGAUGGAAGCUGUUGAGUGUCCGCUACUGGUUGGUAUAUGUGGUCCACACUUCGCUAGCAUAUAGGACUAAGCAUACAUAUAUAUAUCGUUUACUGAAAUUAUGUGUGCGAUCUCUUACUCCUAAAAUGUUAUUUUUAUUUUUUUUACUUAUGGUUUAUUAGGUUAAGAUUGUAUAAAGCAUUCAAAUUAUAACAGCUAAUAAUUAGCUAACGCCAUUGAAUACAUGCACUUAAAUUAUAAACUAAAUAAGUAAAAGUCAUCAUUAUCCUAUAGUGAUAAAAUAAAGUCUUAUAAUGUCAGGGUGAAAAGUAGACGUUACCGUAGGUGGAAUAAAGGAGUAACUGCUUCGCUUUCCACAUCAUACAAAGAAAUCGGCUUAACGUAUGAUAUUGACCCUAGUUAGAAACUUUGAUUGAUCCAUAGUAUGAUUGGAUUAGCGUUGUAGGGCAAACAUAUGAUUCAAAUGAAGAUGCUGAGGAACGCCUAUUCCUUAAUAUAAACACACACAUUACUAAUAUAAUGAAACAUUACAUUACUUAAUUCUCGUAUUCUUCUUGUUUCAAUGUAGUAUAGCUACGAAUGGUGCAAGAUGACAAUUUCAAGUGAAGGAUGUUACAAUGCAAGCGAGCCAUAUUGUAGUUACUGUGUAAAGCCAGACGUUGAAAACUAUUUAAUUACGGUUACAAUCUCGACGGAAGAUCAAAGAUACUAUUAUUAUGAUGAUACUUCUUAUAUCCGUUGCCAUGAUUCAAAUAACAAUUGGUGGAUGGAGAGUAAUUAUGUCCGAGUACCAUUUCCUUUUACAGGUAAAAUAUUACAAUAUUUUAAUUUCAUGACUUAAAAAAAAACAAGAACAGUGGCUCUUUUUCUUUAUAUGUUCUUUGUGGUAACAACUUAAAAAUAAAUUUAAAGAUACAAGAAAAUAGCAUACAAAAGUUAUUUUGUAUUUUUAAAGUAAAAAUUUCCUUUUUCAUAAAUGUUAGCAAUAUAAUUUUUUUUUAUUUUAACUAACGAAAUAUAUUAAGAGCUGUCAUUAUUUAUUGAAAUGAGACCCAAAAUGAUCAUAUUUUGAGUUGAAUGGUGUACAAAAGCAAUACCGAAUCUAUUCGUAUAGUUUUACCAUUUGUAAAAUUCAAACUUACGAGCUAUAUUAAAUCCUUAAUUAGUUGUAUCAUGCAGAGGCAGCCAACCCACGACCUGGCACGUUAAAAUUUGUGACCCAAAGACUGUUUCGCAAUUUUAUUUCUUUCGUCAUUUAGUGAUUAUUUUCAUUCAUACACAAUUUUUAUAACGGUGUGCACCAUUUCUGCCUACCGGCCCAUCUUUUGGACUGAUUUAACCCUUGUCAGCAGACAUACUUUUAUAGGAAUGGUGUUUGCAGGUGUUCCCACAUGAGUUGAGCCCUUUGCUUCAUCAAAUGUAAAUAAAAAUCGCAAAAGUUAUAUUUUUUACAUAUGUGUAGUUCACAAGAGUUUAACACACACACACACACAUAAAAAGAUUGAAAUGAGUAAUCACAAAUCUUAAAUACAAAUUUAGUGACUAAAAAUUAAAAGAUACAUAUUACCAAAGCUAGGUGAAGGUAACCCACAUUUCUACCAAAAUUUCAUUUGUUGUUCUCCACUGUUGUGUAGAAUGAUGCUAAACUAAACUCAAGUAUGUGCCAAAAUACAUCCCUGUGUUUUUAAAGUACUAAAAAAAUUCUGGGUGAUAGGGCUCUGGCUCCUUUCAAGACCCCACCACUAAUUUUGAUAAGAAUACGAAGUAUAAUUUUAUUUUAAGUUUUAUUGGGCCGGCCAACCCUGCGUCUAUGGAACGCAACUAGGGUUACUUUCAGGCAUCUAUCUCUCUGGUAGGGCAGUGCCCCCCUCCCUCCGGGAAUCUCAAGCGCCCCCCCCCCCCCGAGCCAAAUGUGUACAUCAAUGAAACGAACAUAUAUUUUAAAAAGUAACUACCAACUUGUCAUACUAGGGUUACUUUCAGGCAUCUAUCCCCCUGGUAGGGCAGUGCCCCCCCCCCUCCGGGAAUCUCAAGCGCCCCCCCCCCGAGCCAAAUGUGUACAUCAAUGAAACGAACAUAUAUUUUAAAAAGUAACUACCAACUUGUCAUUUAAAAAAAAAAACUUUGAAAAGUAUAUUAACUGGUGAAAUAAACCGAUUUUCAUUUAGUGGAAUCUUUGAAAUAUAUAUUUAAGUCUAAUCUUGUUGGAUGCUUACAGUCGUCCCUCACCACUUCACGCUUCAACUUUCACGGCUUCAUUCUAUCGCCGUUUUUUUGUGUGUUCAAAUAUGACAGUAUAUUCAUUGAAAAGUUGAAAGUGAUUCAGAGCGUACUUGAAAUUAUUGUACGUAUGGACUGUAGGCUUGUGCAUUCAAGCUCCCCCGGUGGGUCUAAUAAUGGUAAAAACCAUAUUUAGAGGGUGUUAAAGAGGAUUUCUACGCUUUAACUACGGAAAUAUUUAACUUGUAAAUAAAGAAUCCAACUUCGCGGAAAUAACUAAUCGUGGGAGAGCGGGGCAAUUAUUACCGGCGAUAAGCGAGGGACGACUGAAUAUUGUUCGAUUAUAAAUCUCGCAAUGUUUCGAAAAUUUGACGCUUAUGAGCCGAAGAAUUAUUUCCAUUUUUCAUUUUUAGUUAAUUAUUUUUUUUGUUCAAAUUCACAAGUUUAAAGACUUUAAUAGCACUGUAUUAAACUACCCUUCCAUCACUAUCGAGAACUUUAAUUUUAAUACAGGUCUUGCCAAGUAUUAAACAUGUGCUAUCUCUUUUCAAACUAUAUUUCAUCAUAAAAGUAUGGCUUUUAUAAUAAGGAUAUGUGUUAGUUAUAAAUUGUAUGACGGCCUCAUGCUUUAAAAAAUAUGGCGCUUAUUUUAUUUGUUUGUGCUAAAAAAAAUUUGAAAACUUUAAAAAAAAAAAAGGAAACAUAUUUUGUAGAAACAAAAAUUAAGAAUUUAACAGGUGCAUACAAUUAGUGCUUCAUUUAAUCGAAAUUGUUUAUGUUUCCUAUAAUUGUACUAAUUUUGUAACAAAGUUUUCUGAAGAAAAUAGUUUAAGAAAAAAAAAGACUUUGCCUGUAUUUAUAAGUUUUUCAACUGAUUUUCUCAUUUUAAUAUUACAAUACUAAAAAAUCUGCCCCGCCGAUUUGCACGCACUUAUUUUGAAUUAUUUUUUUUAAAGAUGAGAAUCCAGUAGACAGGUAAAUAAAAGUUUAUUGGAAAUAGCAAUAGGAUUAUUAUACAGGAAUACCUCAAGUGUUGGCAGCAUGCUAGAAACACUAGGCUGGUCACCAUUGGAGAAACGACGACGACAAUCCAGGCUCUCCAUGAUGUACAAGAUAAAUAAUGGGCUGGUCCACUGUUCCAGUAUUAAACAGAAACUCGUACCUCUCCCCCAUAGACAGCGACGAGGCCAUGACAGGCAAUUCAGGCUCAUACCAGCAAGAAGCCAGUAUAGGAGCUGCUCAUUCCUGCCCAAGACAAUCAGGGACUGGAACAAUCUUUCAAAAGGAACGGUUGAGGCGACAACACUAGACACAUUUGUGUCUAUUGCCUCAAGCCUUCAAACCCCCAGUGCAUGAUUCCCUCACAAAGUGGCACUGGAAAUCUGUGAAAUUUCCUCAUCAACACCAGGAACAGAAACAUUGCAAAUCCCAUCUACAUGCAUAGGAGCCAAAAUGAUCAAUAAAUUGAUCGUGGGCCCUUAAGAUAUAGAAGAAGAUGCCGAAUCCAUUUGUGGUGCUAAUUUUAAAAAAUACUUCUUCUUUCCCAAAUGGUCAAUUAACAUAAUUUCUAUGGAAUUGUUUUUUUAAAAUGUGUUAAAAUAUAUUGAAGAACCAGUUUGUCAUUUAUCAUCAGAAAGUUAUGGCACGCAUUGAUAAAAAUAAUAAUAUUAUGUCCUUGUUAACAUUCGAUGUCUUCUUCACAUAAUUAUGUCGUCCAUAUACGAUUUAUAAAAAUGAUACGUUCUGGAAACGCAUAACAAUGUAUAGACCUUUACGAAAACAGUUUUUUUUCCUCUCCUCUUUUACUCUGCUAACAUUCGAUGAAGUGUAAUCAUUAAAAGUAAGUUAUUUCUUUAUUUGCGUUCACCGUGUAAAAAUAUUGCUAGAAUUUGUUAAAUCUUUAACUUUCUUCAUUUCAGAAGUUACUAUUUAUAAUAUAUAUAUAUAAUGUAUGUAAGACAAGCAGGUUAAUCAUAACUGUCGAUUGACUUUUCGAAUCCCACACUUUUCAAUUCCCCCCCCCUCCCCACACACACACACUGCAUUCAAAGUUGAUAAUUAAUAAAGCCCUUAAAUUUCUGAGUUUCCUGCAGCCGAAGGGUGGGGGGGGGGAAGGAAGGGGAGGGGCCAGCAAAAUGUCUCUGAGGUUAAACUGCACCCACAUUAUAACUAGCACAUCACCCGAUGGCUCUCCGACCAAGUGUAGAAUAUUGCUAAACUUAAUUCGAGUAUAUUCCAAAAUGCUUUAUUGUAUUUUGAAUUGAUAAAAAAAUAUAUCAAUUGUUUUAAAAAGUUCUAAGGGAUAAAAUAACUUAGAGCAAAAUGCACGCCCUCAAUGGCGCAACAUUUUUAAUGAAUUUAGUUCAUGUUGGGCCUGCGGGGAGUCAGACGUACCACUGAUGAUAGUUAUAUCUAACUUUGGCGCUUUCCAUCCGAAAUUUCCUUUAAUAUUAUCUGAGAUAAUCCCCAGCUUCAAGCAUGCGCCCAGAUGCAUCACUCCAUUUGGAAAUUGCCCAAAGUUUCCGACACCGUCAGACUCUACACCCUUCCUCCCUCACGUUUAUCAGUGUGACAGUAUGGGUUGAAACUGAGGAUUUGCCAAAUGAUUACUCUGGGGCGCGCCACAGCUAGCCUGAAUUCAGUUUAUGUAUGACACUGGGCGCCAUUAUGCCUUCCACGUACUUUUAAAAGAAUCCCCUCGCCCUCCCCCGCCUAAUCAAAAGAAACACUAAAUUAAGGUAUACUGGGGAGGUGACGCCACACCUCCUACUUUCGCACCGCUUUCAGGAUACAACACUGCAGUUAUACGAAAACUCCGCUCCAUGUAAUUAAAAAUUGACACCUCUUAUAGGGUCACUUCUUCAACAACUUUCUACGACACUUGCAGAAUGACUUCAUACAUUCAUUUUUCGACCCCAUCCUCUUCUCUGCAACCAUUAUUUUAUCCAUUUAAUCCCCCCAAAGUCUAAUUUAGCGCCGUCGCUAGUCUGGCAACAGGGCCAUCUGUUCCCUCUGCCCCCUCAGCUAAGCAUAUUACCCACCCCGCCCCGAAAUCUGAAAUGCUUCGCCAGGGAAAAUUGUCUGAAAGAUACAGUGAACGCCACUGAACUUAUUUGUUAUUGUGCAUCGUGGUAUACAACACACACCGUUAUAUAUAUAUAUGUUGGUCUAUAUAUUAUAGCUAAUUAUAAAUUUUCUAAAAGGUUUUGUCAAUUUAAAACAUCCAAUAUCAAAAAUGAAUGAUGAAAUUUUGCACAUGUAAGAAUUUAAUUUAAAAUGACAUAAAAUAUGCUUUUAAUAAAUCCUAACAAUUAAUUUAUUUUAAACAUAUCCUAAUGUUAUUACCUUUCUAUAUUAAUUUGACACUUUUUUUAAAGGGAAUACAUAUCAUGAGAACAGUUGGCAGUUUCAUUUUGUAUACACAUUUCUUGACAAAACAAGUCCGGCAAUGUUAAACAAGACUUCAUUCUACUGGUAUUAUGGAGUAUAUUUGAAUUUUUUCAAUACAACAUUUGUUAUUGGAGAUGACGUCAUAACUUUCAGCAACGCUGGUUCAAGGGAGCUUCCUAUAAAUGGAAUCAAAGAAGGCGACAUCGCUAUAUUUAUGGAACCCUACAAUUGUUCCUACACGUGCGACGCCCUGGGUAAGUCAUUUCACUAAUAACUUAAAUCUCACCAAAAUCGUUUUUAUCGUCAGCAUGAUUCUCUACUUCAUUGGUAUUCAUAAAAAAACUAAAAACAAAUGAUGUGCAUGGAGUAAUUUAGAUCUGAUGAUUUAGUGGAGUCGUCAACAAUGUCAAUGUUUAAGAUAUCAUGCAACUUAGCCGUGCAUUAUUUCCAUUUUUCAAACCAUUUUUCUAUAUUUUUCUUUUUAAAUUAAAUGUUCUAUUUUUUCCACAUAAUCAAAAUUAUAUUAUUUGAAUUUUACAAACAAAUGUAAAAUCUGACAAAUUUCAGAACCUGACUUAUGGAAAAUUAUAAAAUAAAUGGUAAUGAGAGCGUUUAUUUUAUGUGUUAAUAAAAGACAGUUUAAGAAACUUGUACUAAAAUCGUUCGGCUACGUCAAUGUCAAAAGUUUUUGUCAAAGCCAAGUUUAGAGAAAUUAAUUAAAAAUAUGUAAAAGCAAGGGGCAUUGGAGGGGGAAUACAUUAAAAUUGUGAACUACUUUGAUUCUGUAAUAAGUGAUGCAUAUGUCAAUUUAAUAUUUCAUUCACAAUACUGAAGCAGCUUGAUAGAUUAUAGUUUUACAAUUAGUUCAAAUUUUGCGCUCAACUAAUCAAAUUGGCAAUUAAUCGAUAUUGGCGACUUUUACACCCCUACUAUUAAAUAUUAAUAUUAAAAAUUAGACAUGUUUAACACAAAUAGUCAAAAAUUCUUGCAGGCCCCCUGUUACGAUCUGCCUUCUAAAGUGAGAAUUUAAUCUCUUAUUUUAAGUUUAUGGCUCGUUCUUAACAGUACAUAACAAAGUAAGAUACCAUAUGGGAAAAACAAUAGUUAAAGUAAGACCUUCGAAACAGUACUAAUUACAAUUAAUUAUAUUAUUUAAGUAUUAAUAUAAUUAUAAAACAAAAGGAAUAUAAUUAAAAAUUCACCAACUUACAGAGUAUGGUAUGUCUUGUACCGGUACACAGUACAUUGUGCCACAAAAAAUAAGGUACAAUGAUGAAUGUGAAUAAACACAUAUGAGUGUACACAGAAUAAUCCACUUGGCUUGUGAAGUGAAAAAUAUCUCUCUCAAUCUCUGUCUCUUAAUGUUCUCUGAACCAUUUAUAUAUGCAGCGUAAUACGCAUUCCAGAAACGACUUACACAUUGUUUACCUUUUUAGUCCACUCCCGAACUUUGAAUAAAAUACUAUGAGAACAGAUUAAUUAUGUUUAAUUGGUAGCGGUAGUAAACACGUCAAGAUGAAAGGGAAUAAGCCAUGCCAAAUACGAACGUGGCAUCUGCUAGAUUGGGUCAUACAGAGAUCACGUCACGGGGAAUGUGACGAAAACACAUCGUCUUCAUAACACCCUCCCUCCAUUUAGACGAUUGACAUAGUUUAUGGAUGGUUAUUACAUGACAAUAGCAUUUAGCUCAUAUUACUUUUGGCGUGCAAUAAGUCAAAGAUUUAUACAUUCGAAAACUGUGAAGUUAAAAAGUAUUUUAAAAUGUAUUUAUUAUAUUUGUGAAUUCUCUCAUACAUCUAUUACUAACUGAAGACACAAAUUUAUAAUGUUAUGGUCUAUUUUUCAUGAUGUUUUAAUUCUAAAUUCGUCUUCUUGGUCUUUUCAACUCCCAGUAGAGACCUUGCCAUAAACAAGAUCGUUCAUAGCCUUUCGGCAUUUUUCAAAUUCUUUCCAAUUUUCAAUACAUCACGAUCCACAUCUUUUCAGAGGUUUUUUGAGUCUUUACCGUCAACCGGAUCCUGAAGUGUUCCACAACUAGUGUUUUUAUUUUUUACUAUUGACACAUGAGUUAUCUAUUUCCAACUACUUUUCCGGAUUUCCUCAUACGGUAUCAUUUCAAGAGGGAUGGGGAAAUUCGCCGCCGCUAUUUCCAGCCAUAGUUUCACCUCCUCCGUUUCACUGCGAAAGAUAUCGACAUUAUUUUAAACCAAAAGUAAUAAUAUGAUCUUAGAGGUGAUUAAAUAAUGUUGAAAAUUAAAGAAUUGAUUGAUUGAUUGGAUAUUUAUAUCGCGCCGGUAUCCAUGCAACUUUGGCAUGCUCACUGCGCUCUGGUAUCCAUGCAACUUUGGCAUGCUCACUGCGCUCUGGUAUCCAUGCAACUUUGACAUGCUCACUGCGCUCUGGUUUCCAUGCAACUUUGGCAUGCUCACUGCGCUCUGGUAUCCAUGCAACUUUGGCAUGCUCACUGCGCUCUGGUAUCCAUGCAACUUUGGCAUGCUCACUGCGCUCUGGUAUCCAUGCAACUUUGGCAUGCUCACUGCGCUCUGGUUUUUAAAUGUUUCUUAAGGGAUUUUUUUUAUCAUUUACAAUUCCCCUCAAAGAUUGAGACAAAGUGUUCCAUAAUUUUGGCGCUAUCGCUUCAAAUGAGCGCACUCUGUAAGAUUUUUCUGUGUUCAUCCAUACUAGGAACUCUCAGUAAGAACACACACAAUAUAUAUAUAUAUAUAUACACAUAUAUAUAUUCAUUUAUAUAAAUAAAGCAUAUAAAAAGUCAGUGGAAAAAUAAGGAUUGGAAUGAAUGUUGAAAUUAUUAAGAUGGAUAAAAAUAUAUACAUUUAUACACAUCCUAACUAAACAAACAUACAGUGAGACAGACAGAACGACAGACAGAACGACAGACAGGAAAGUCGGCAGGUAUGUAAGUUAUUAUGUAAGUUGUUGGGUAGGUAGAUUUAAAUAAAAUAAAUGUAUAUAAAACAAUUUUUCCCAAAUACAUUCCAGGUAUCAAUUUAAGUUCUUUACAUUUUCAAUAUGAUGAGGGAAGUAAACGUAUGACAGGCUCAUUUGAAAUACCGGCUUCAAGUCCUUUGGUCGUCCAAGCUCUUUAUUCGGGACCAUAUAAUGUUGGCAUAGAAGUAAGUAAUUACAAAGUUCUUAAUCAGACCAUGUUCUUUAUUAAUGAGCCAUGUAUCAACAUGUUACAAAAGGCAUAGACUGGAUUUGAUAGAUUCCCCGUGAGUUUGAAAUGUGGACAAAUCAUAUAUCAGAACAAAUUCCUUAGACUAGCUUUACGUUUAAAUCUUAGAUUAAUUGUUAAAAUGAGUUUUAACAUUGUUGCGUGUAUUACCCUUGACAUGUACUAGAUUUUAAGAAUCGUAUGUCAUACAUUUGCAGUUGAAUCCAUAUGAAAAUAAGAACUAUACCUGGUCAUUUGUGAUCGGAGAUGAUUGGGCACCACCUUUUGCAAUGCAUGUGGACUAUUUCUAUAACACUAGCUUCUGUAGGACUGAUGAAACUCUAAGGAUUGAAGGUAAAAUUAUGUUGUUACUUUCUAAAAAAUUGAACCAGCUGUACUGAAUUUCAAAAAUUAUAUUCUAAUGGCAAUAACGCUUUUUGCUUCCAGUGUAACGGAUCGAUUCUAAUACUUGAAAAUAUGACCCGCUGUUAACGGUUAAUAAUGGAUUUUAUCGCAUUCCAAUACUUGUUAUAAUUAGCUAAUUAACAAUUUAAGGCAUGAUGCGUCAAUUUCCAACUGCUUUUGUGAAGUCUCAGCAUCUAAAAUUUCAAUUUUUACAUAUGUAAUUGAAUAAGGUUUCGAAGUGUUGUUUUUAUAAAUCAAUAACGACUUUUCCCACGCCCGUAAAAUAUUUAUAUUAACGAAAUAAAAAAUGACUCUUUCUUUAUUUUUAAAGAAUAUGUUUACGUUUCAAAAAUUAGUUUAUUAACAUAUUUAUAUUGUUUAAAAAUAGAAGCUUAACAUCUAUAAAUAAUAUUAUUUUAAACAAAAUCACGAUAUUUUUCCACGCAUAAUUGUGAGAAAUUAAAACACAUUUCUUUAUUUUUAAAGAGAUGUAAAUGUAAAAAUAUUUAAGUUGCUCAUAUUGGGUUUAGAGAUUUUUAAAAUAUGAAACAGUAUAAGCAAAUUCAUCAACCCUUUGCCAAGGCCCUGAAAUACAAAUAAAACAUGUUCUAAUAACAACAAAACCAUAUUGAAACACACAUGUACGGUUUUUCCAAAGUCUGUAAUACUAAACAAUCUGUAUAUAUUAGUUACGCCUUAGACCAAGGCUCGGGAACCUUUUUGUCUGCGAGAGCCGUGGACACCACAUAUUUUGAAAAGAAAUUCUGUGAGAGCCAUGGACACCACAUAUUUUGAAAAGAAAUUCUGCGAGAGCCGUGGACACCACAUAUUUUGAAAAGUAAUUCUGUGAGAGCCAUGGACACCACAUAUUUUGAAAAGUAAUUCUGUGAGAGCCAUGGACACCACAUAUUUUGAAAAGUAAUUCUGUGAGAGCCAUGGACACCACAUAUUUUGAAAAGAAAUUCUGUGAGAGCCGUGGACACCACAUAUUUUGAAAAGAAAUUCUGUGAGAGCCAUACAUUAUGUUUAAAACUAAAAAUUCAAGUAAAUGUGAGGAGUUUAUCUCCUUCACCACUUCUGAGGCUGAGCUGCAGUAGACUUUAGCUCAUUUUUGAAAUGAAAAAUUGAUAUGUAAUUAAUAUGUUCGAACAUUUGUCUGCGAGCUAGAUGCAGCCAUCAAUAGAGCCACAUCUGGCUCGUGAGCCAUAGGUUUCCGACCCCUGCCUUAGAAGCAAUGUACACUGGUACUGAUAAAUAUUUUGGGAAAAUCUUUAAAUAAUUAUAACAUUUAAAGAAGAAUCUCGUAACCAAUUUUCACGUCUGUGACAGGCUUGUGUUUUUUUAAAAUACAAUUAUUGAUCUCAUUAAAAUUUCCGAUGCCCCUAUACUGUAAUUUCCAAAAAAUUCGGAAAAAAAACCCUUCUACUAACUUUUCCCAUCUGAAAAAUGUGAAUAAAUAACAAAGUUACAAAAAAUCCUUUAUCGGGUUUCGAGAUACCGAUUUAAAAUAUAAUAACCCCCCCCCUCCCCACUAAAAGCAAACUCAUCUUUACGCAAAAGUGAAGAACAUUACUUGAUCAAAAUGUUCUUAUUUUAAUCCCCUUUUGACUUUAAUUUCAAUAUUUUUUCUUUCUAAAUUGAAUAAAUUGCUAAUUAUUACGAGUGAAAAAGUACAACUCAUAAAACGCAAAAGCCUCAAAGCUUAAAUUUUAUAAAUGGUUUUAGAAAAUGUUUGAAAUGUAAAAUGCAAGAAUUUGAAUUUAUUUUUAAAAAGUUCUUUUUGGGGUACUACGGUAAUUUUUGUUUUGUCUGCUAAAGAAUAAUAGAAAUGGGGAGAAAAAAAAACAUUUUUGCCCUUCAAUUUAAGUUAUAGUUAUAAUUGAAUGCAUUUUUCCUGGAAGUACAAUUUCACAUUCAGGUUAAUACUUAAAAUUUUGCUUUCAAAUGUAAAAAAAAAAAGUCUUUCACAAAUGAUAUUAUAGUGUCAAUCUCAUUUGACAAUCUAAAUCUCAAAGGCACUCAGCUUCAGUAAUAUUCGAGAAAAACACAAAUUUGGGUAUCGACAGACAUGGUGCUUAGCUGUCAAAAUAUUAGUAUAACAGUUUUAGCUAUAAGAUUUCUGCUCAUCCUGACGACAAAAUAAUACUUUAUGUAAAAAUAAUUGUCGUGUUAAUUCCUAUUGUCCAAAUAAUGGGGAAGCACAUAGUAGCUGAAUUUUAAAAUCAAGAUUUAUAUUCAUAAUAUUUUUUUUCCUGUUCCCAGAACACGCACUAAAACAUGAUGUGAACGCUCUUUCUUGUUCUGUGUCCCCAAACAAUGGAAUUCUCUCCCAUUGCACAAUCGCAAUAUACCGACCAUCCCAGCCUUCAAAACUGCCCGCAAGACCCAUCUCUUUAAACUUACUAUGACGACUCAUUUUAACCCCCCUCUAACUGAUAAACGAAGAUCGAUGCUGCUGGGUGCUGUCCAUGGCUAGAUAGGAGUAGAUAGUACUUGGGUGGGUGAGGUCAAGAUUUGUACAAAUUGUUGUUUUUAAAUGGUAAGUUUGUUUUUUUUACGUGCUAAUUUUUAUGUGAAGCGCAGUGAGCCUAGCCCUAGGUUGGGGUACUGUGCUAUAUAAAACGAAUUUACCGAUGAUAAUAUGUCAAGUCAAUUAGAAGAUAUCACUGGCUUUGUUCGCUUGCUAUUGUACCAUAAAGACAAUUGUAAAACAAACAUUCCUCGUAACAGAUACAUGCAAUUACACGUUGGGAUGCAUUUUGAAACAAUGCUGACUUGAGACAAAAGCCGAUUCUAAAAAAUAUAGUGGCCAAUAAUGGGUUAAUUAGCCAUUUAGUCGUCUAAAUUUAGUCUCUAAUAUUCCAGCUAUUCCUAAGGCUGAGAUAUCGCCCGAUUGCCCAAGUGGUCAAGGUGUUAAGAAUAGACACAUCAGACGUGGUACAACAGCCACAUGUAAGUGUCAGAUAGUCCGUCAGUCACGUCCAGCUGGGCAUGUCCAGUGGUUUACAGAAGAUGGUCAGUCUGUUGGGUCGUCCACGUCUAGUGAAGUCAGCGUUCUUAAUUUAUCUCAGAACACUACAGGUCAGCUUGAAAAAAAACAACAACUUUAAUUAUGUGAAUUAUUAUUAAGUUAAUUUGCUCAUAUAACUGAUACUUUGAUUAAUUCUUUGAAAAUCCCAAAGUUAACCUUGAUUUAAUGGAGCUUUUCAAGUUUUGCCUUUAUCCCCUAUCGUUGAUGCAAUGUCUAAAUCAUUUUGACAAUUUUAAAUAUUAUAUAUUUAUAAUAAAACACCUGUGUUCGAAAUUCAUAAUAUAAUUUAAAAAAUCUUUUUUUUUUUAAAACUGAACAUAAUAACUGCUUUGCAUGACAUUCAUUUGUAAUUGUAGAGUCAUCCAUAUCGUUUAACUGUAUUGGAGUAUCAGAAGUUGGACAACAAUCUGGUGGGACGAUUAAAAUACAAUUUUAUGGUUAGUAAUUUUAAGUUCAUGUUGAUAAAGUAUCCUUAAUCCUAAUUAAAAUAUUAUAUUCAAAACCCUGUUUUAAUUGUAAUUCUAUUAUGAAAUAGACGUCUAUAUAAUUUUUUUUUUUAAAUUUGAAUUUCAUUAAUUUUUUGUUUCGCUUCAUUCCAUUUACAUUUUUACUUAAAGGGACAUUCGAUUAUUUCCACAGAUGAACCAAGAGUUGUUAAUUUCUCAGUAAAUGAAUCAAAGUCAGUAUCUGUCAAUGUCAGCAAUUCUGUGACAUUCUACUGUCAAGUGGAAGCUGACCCUCCAGGUAUAACAGUUCUUACAGGAAGUGGUCUAGGAAAGGUCCAAGAAAACACGUCUGCUAGUGACGUAUUAGAGUUCAUUCUCAAUGACCUGCAAUGUGAGGACUCGGGCAGAUAUUUUUGUAGUGGACGGAAUGGAUUUGAGGACAACGCUACGUCAUCUAGGGACUUCGUGGACGUCAAUGUAACAUGUGUGUAUUUAGAGUUAACGCCAAUUUAACAUGUGUGUAUUUAGAGUUAACGUCAAUUUAACAUGUGUGUAUUUAGAGUUGACGUCAAUUUAACAAGUGUGUAUUUAGAGUUGACGUCAAUGUAACAUGUGUGUAUUUAGAGUUGACGUCAAUUAAUUGGUAAUUAUAUUUUAUUCCUGUUUUUGUAUGGGUGUUUGAUAGUGAGUGAUCUAUAAAUUCCAAUAUACAUUACUUAAUCUUUAAGUGGUUCAAACAUAAGUAUUUCACGUCAAUAAGGUCUGAGUAUUCAAAAAAACAACAAAAUCAAUUAAAACUUAUUCUUUUUGAUCAAGAGAAAAAGAAAAAAAAUUUGUUAUCCUUAAAAUAAAAAUCUAUAAAAAUCUAUAAAAAUCUAAGAAAAAAAAAAAAUUAAGUUGACAUGAACAAUAUAAAUAAAAAAAUCUAACAAUUUGUAUUAUCUUUACAGUAAAUAUUAUUUAUUUUUCUUCAGUGAUAAGUUUUUUUUAAUUUAAAUAUUUUCCUUCACAUUUUAAGUGUUUAAGCUUAAGUGUUCUCCGUUAAAUAUUCCUUAACUUCCAGGUGCCCCGAAACUGAAGAACGUCCCAGACAAAAUACCAAGCAUUCAAGUAUCACCCAAUCAAAACACAGUAUUUACACUUGAGGUAUAUGGAUACCCGGAACCAACUGCUUUUGGGUUAAAAAUAGAAACUGGACGAUCCACUUCCUCUGUGAACAAAGACAACUAUUCAGUAAAAUAUUUACCUCUCACACCUCCGUUUGGGUUAGUGACCUUGACCAUCUAUGACGCCAACACCAAAGGUACAACUACCUACAUACUCAGUGUCAGAAGUGAGGCUGGUGAAGUUGAAAUGAAGUUGGAAGUUGUCAAAGAAGAAUCACCAAGUCCAAUAGGUCAAUAGUUUUAUUUUUUCUCUCUUUCUUUUGCACGGCUAAAGUAAAUGAAUGGCCAUUGUAUUUAUUGUUAAUGUUAUCUUUAGGCAUUUUAUUAAUAUUUUUGUCGUUUUUAUUAACAUCUACAUUGCAGUCAUGUCUUGAUUCGUUUAAGUAAAAAAUAAUUUGUAUGAAAAUAUCGGAAUACCGUAUAAUUUGAGUUAAGCAGAUAUUUAAAAUGAUACAAAGGGUUUUCAAAAUGCAUUAGUCUCAAAGUAACAAUGUAAUUAACGCUACCAGAUGGCACUGAUUUCUCAAAAUAAAAUUCCCUAUUGAAACUGGGCUAAAUGAGAUUCUUAAAAAUACCGCAUUUGCAUUUAGUGCGUAAUAUGUUCUAUGAUUUUACGGAAAUAGCUGAUGUAACGAUUCUGUGGUGGGACAUAACAUAAUUAAUAUAGUUCAACGGAAGUAUCUUUCAAGGUUGAGGUGGGAUAGAAUUGAUUGCCAAUCUAGUAAAGUGCGUUACUUUAAUGAAUGUUUUGUUAAGUAGCUUUGGUAGAUGGCAAAGUCACACAUUGUCACCGCCAUUUUUUUGGCGGAAUUUAGUUACUGUUUUAUAUGGUCUUUGACUAAGUCAGAUAUAAUGCGCACAUUUUGGAAUAUAGCCGCCUCUCUAGACAUUUGCUUUCAACAUUCUAAAUGAAAUCUUUUAACUCAUGACAUAUAAUUUUCCUUUGUAAAGAUGACAUCAAAUGGUAAUGAUGAAAGAAUUGGUGUUCUAUUUUAUAAUAUUUAAAAAAAAAACAUUUUGUAGUAGGUGAACAUAGCACACCACAUAACAUCUCUAUAUGAGCAAAUGCGCAAGGUAGCCUUGUUACUAAACACAUAUGUGUUUAUUACUGUAGAUGAAGACAACACAUCACGUGACAUCGCCAUAGGAGUGAGUGUUUCCUGUGUCGUCCUUGUCCUGGGUACGGCCACCGCUGUCUGUGUCUAUUUUAAGAGACGGAGGGGAAACGUCCACAGACAUCAGACUCGUAACCAUGGCGACGACAGUAUAUAUCGAGAUCAGGGUUUCAAAACAACAAAUGCUAUACCGCUAUCAGAACGUGAGUGAGGCCGUCUUUAAGUAUGGAUGACAUUUUUGUUGAACAUUUUGAAUAUCAAAUAAUCCAUUUUACUUGCUUUUGAAUCCAUAAAGAUACAAUUAUUUUUUUUUUUUUUUUUUUUUUUUUUUUUUUUUUUAAAAAGGAAAAAAAAAUGAAUCGGCAACAGGAUAAUUCAUUUCGAAACUGUAUUUUAAUUUCAAUAAGUCUCCAAAAAAUCGAAUAGAUUGCGAUAAAAUGUUCAUAAUAAAAUUUAAAAUAUAUAAAAUAUAUAAAAAAGUAAAUAAUUGAUCAAACAUUUUAAACUAGAUUUUCCUAGGAAAUAUUACUGGGACAAUUUAUGAUAAAGCAAACAUGUUAAAUGAAACAAAAAUUAGACAGUAACUGAAAUACGCAUAAUGAUUUUUUACCAUUUCUUUUUUUUUCUAUUCUUUUCUGACUCACGCGAAAAUUACCUUAUAUAAUAAUUGAUGUUUUGUGUAAUGAAGUCCACCAACAUGAUGACAUAACUCUUUCAGAUCAAUUUAUCGACGGCUCAACUUCAUUUAAAAACAACGCCUUUGACAUUUCUGACACAUUUAGACCCAAAACUCAAUCAGACACAUUCAGAGACACAUCUCAAUCAGACACAUUCAGAGAUGCAUCUCAAUCAGAACCCAUGCCUUCAACACGCGUCGAUGAGAAUGUCAACAAGAGAUAUCGAUAUCCCGAUGAACCACCUCCAGACUAUCCGAUGGAUUAUUGGAACAUCUCAGUAACCCAAUGAUAUACGC